AUGUUUCCUUCUGCGGAUAAGUAUUUGGUUGAGAGUGUGGCUGUGGAUAAGUGGGCUAGGUGCCACUUUAAAGGGGAGAAGUAUAAUUUAGACACCAGCAAUACUUGCGAGUCUCUGAACAGCGUGUUUAGGAAGGAGAGGAAGUUGCAUCUCUUACCAAUGAUUGAUGCAAUUGUUAAUAAAAUGGCAUUUUGGUUUAACAAGCAUAGGAAAGAGGCUGCGUCUUUGCCGGAGGCAAAGGUAAUUGUGCCAUUUGUGGAGAACGUGUUGCACGAAAGAUGUCCCAUUGCUACUUGUUUGACUGUGAGUGAGCUAAACAACUACGAGUUUGAGUACAGCGUUAUUGGGAAUGAUAAGGUUACUUAG